GGACGUGCCUCUUUGAAUGCCAAGAAAUACACUAUGCUCUUGGGGUGGAUAGCUGCCCUGUGUGCUGAGCUGUUGGUGCUGCACACUGCUUCUCUUGCUGUGCCUCCAGGAGGCUUCCACAGGGUGUGCAGAAGACAUCUUGCUGUGCAUAGAUAGUUAAGCUUUCUUUCUCACAUGCUGCUUCUGUUUCCUUUGUGUGUCUGUGUGUGUGCAUGCGUGUGUGCGUGCAUGUGUGAGUGUGCUGGUGGUGGUGGUAUUAGGAAGGCCCUAAACAUCAGGCCUCACAGACACAAUGCUAGCACUCUACCAUUGAGCUGUAUUUCCCCUCCUCCUCCUCUUUCUUUUUCCUCUGAGAUGGAAUCUUAGAGUAAUGCACAGGUGGCUUUGAAGUUCUAGCUCAAGCAAUCCUCUUUCCUUCACUUCCCAGUAGGUGGGUUCUAAGUAAUGCAUGAACACUCUAGAGGCUUCACUGGAAUUCUGCCUUAAGAACGAACUGUGAAAGCCAGAUGUGGGGAUAAGCACCUGUAAUCCAACAGUAGGAAAACAUGAGGAUCAGGAGUUCAAGACCAGUUUUGGCUACAGUAGUACAUGAUACUUUAUCUCCCUGUACGCAUAGAAAAAGAAGGUAUGUGGUAAAAAUAGUAUCUUUAGUGUUCAAAUAGAAUAAAUGGCACCCAGAAGACAGCGGUCAUUUCUAUUGAGCAGAGCCCAUUAGAGACAUUUUGAAUCGAAAGCAAAAAAUGAUCAUCUCAGCUGUGCUGUGGUGGAGCGCGCUUUUAAUCUUAGCAAUAGGGAGGCAGAGUCAGGCAGAGCUCUAUGAAUUUGAGGCCAUCCUGGUCUACAGAGAGAGUUCUAAGACAGCCAGGGCUACACAGAGAAACUCUAUCUUGAAAAACCAAAUCAUUUCCUUUCCAGACUUGUCCCCAUACUACCACCAAUUUCUUACCAAAGCCUCCUUCCAAAAUAAGUGUGAAUAUGUAAAAAAGAAACCUGUAAGUGUCCUCUGUGUCUUUUCCUUCCUACCCAGCAUUGAGGCAUGGAGCACUAGAAAUCCCGCAGGAUAAUCUCCCCAGGUCCAGGGCCACAGUUUACUCUUUCCUGUGUAUUCCUUAUGCAGUCAUGCUUUUCCUGAUGCAGGGCCUGACAUUAAGGGCUCUGGGGCUUCCAUGUGUGGGGAGUGUUUACCUAACCCUGAUAGCUCUUCUUUUAUUCUUAUCUCCAGUCAGCUUGACGAUGGCUUAUCAGUUUGAGCAUGAUAAGUUGAGUACAUUGCCACAUGCUGGCUGAGAGCCCCAGUGUUUUAGGUGUUGAUAGACCCCCUAUUUCCUAAGGUACUGUGGUUUGCACAGAGUCUAAGUUGUCUUGGGUUUCCUUCUGUUGUCUUUUGGUGCUCACUUCCUAAACAUGUCGGCUUAUGCCUGAACUCUAGCAAUUGGGAGGGUGAGGCAAAAAAGGAUUGCUACAAGUUUGAGGCAGCCUGGGCUACAUAAUUAGUUGUAGUUCAGUCUGGACUAUAGAGUAAUACCAUGAAUCAAAAUAUAAGCGAAGCUUAAGCUCCUAAACAUUCCCCUGCAGACUCAGAUCCUUUACACCUUGAUUCUGUUUAGUGGUGAUGUCCUGCCUGAUGCAGAAGUACACACAAAAGGAGCUGCUGAGUUGGCUCUGCAGGUAAUAGUCACUGCCGUGCUUUCCUGAUGAUCUGAGCUCAGGGCCUGGCACUCAUGGUGGAAGGAGAACCACAGUCAUGCAUAUACACUAAAAAUUAAUAAAAUACAAACUAAAUAAAAAGAAUCUCUCUAAGUUAGUAAUCUUAUAUAUAAUAUAUAUCAUAUAUACUAUAUGGAUAUAUACUAGUAUAUAUCAUAUAUACUAUAUGGAUAUAUCCUAGGAUGUCAGGGAUUUGCUUUCUCCCUUCUGAGUGCUGGGGUUAAAUUCAUGAACUACCAUAUCCAGUUAUAUUUCAGGUUUUACUUUCAUGUUUUUCUGUUGCAAUUUACUCUGCCAUGAUAGCAGGAAAGCAGUAAUUGACAUUAUAUAAGCAAAUUAGCAUAACUUCCUUACAGGGCUAACGAUGCACUUCAGUUGGCAAGAGUAUUUUCCUAGGUUGAAAUACUGAAUAAAUGGGGUGUGCUGGCACAUCCUGUGCUCCCUGAACUCAACAGGAUCAGUAGUUCAAGGUCAUUGUUGGCUAAAUAGCAAGUGCAAGGCAGGAUGGGAGUAAGGAUACUAUGUUCAAAUACAACAAAGACCCUACAGUAACAGCAGUGGCCUGGAUUAGGUGUGUAGUCAAAGGUUUGCUAAGGCCUACUCUGAGCACUUGGGAGGAGAUCAUAGAAACAGAAGCCUUCCAAAAUCUUGUCUGAAGAGCUGCCUUGAUCUUACAGGAGUCGCUGGUAUUAUGGAGUGACAAAUUUGCUCAAGAUGAUGCUGGCUCUUAGAACUCUGUAUAAUUGAUUUUUAUUAUUUUUCCACAUUCUUGAUAUGAUCCAGGGUGGGUUUUUUUUUGUUUUUGUUUUGUUUUUUGUUUUGUUUGAGACAGGGUUUCUCUGUGUAUCCUUGGCUGUUCCAGAAUUCAAUCUAUAGACCAGGCUGGCCUUAAAUUGGAGAUCCACCUGGUUCUACCUCCCAGGUGCUGGGAUUAGAGACAUGCACCACCACCACUUGGCAUGAACUUUUCUUUUCAGAUUUUAUUUAUUGUUACUGUGUAUAAAUAUUAUACAAUGUGUGUCUGGUAAAGAUGAAAGGACAACGUUAUUGAGUCAGUUCUCUCCUUCCAUGUUUCUCUGGGUUGGGUUGUGGGGAGCUAAACCCAUGGCCUUAUGCAGGUUAGUCACUCUGUCACUGACUGUCAGCCCCAGCCUUUUCUUAGUUUUAGAGACAGGGUCUUAUUUUGAAUCCUAGGCUGACCUUGUACUCCCAAAUCCUCCUGCCUCAGACUAUUAAGUACUGGAUUAUAGGCAUGAGCUACAAUGCCUACCUUCUUUUCUUUGUCUUGAUUUAUUUUUAUUUUGUGUGCAUUGGUGUUUUGCCUGUAUGUGUCUGUGUGAGGGUGUUAGAUUUCCCCGGUACUGGAGUUACAAACAUGUAUGAGCCACCAUGUGGGUGCUGGGAAUUGAAUCAGGGUCUUCUGAAAGGGCAGCCACUGCUCUUAACCACUGAGCCACUCUCCAGCCCCCUUGGUUUCUUGGUUUUUGUUUUUAACAUAAAAUUUCAGGCAUCUGUUUAAAAUGUUUGGUUUUCGUUUUUGUUUUUUUUUAAGAUUUAUUUAUUUGAAUACUCUGUCACUUUCUUCAGACAUAAGACACACCAGAAGAGGACAUCGGAUCUCACUACAGAUGGUUGUGAGCCACCAUGUGGUUGCUGGGAAUUGAACUCAGGAUCUCUGGAAGAGCAGUCAGGGCCUCUGAGCCAUCUCUCCAGCCCUAAAAUGUGUUUUAAGAAUAGAGAAAAUGGCCUAGCAGAUGCCCAUGUUCCUGUCAUGAGGCUCAGAUGUGUAACAGUUCAUAGCAGCGUUGCUCUGUGUGUGUCACUUGGCCUCUUUGGAAGCAAAGCUAGGAAUCAUGCAUGAACACGCUUACGCCUCUGCCAUCCAUAUGCUGGUACCUAAGGCAUGUGUCACCACCGCCGGCCACAUGAGCCACCACUUGGUGGACAGACAUACAUGCAGGCGAACAUCCAUACACAUAACUAACUGGCUGACCGAGCAGAGCAGAGUGCAUUACUGAGGGGAUCUCGAUGGGCAUAGAUCGCUUUCUAGGUAGGGUCUUUUCUCCAGACAACGCAGUUCUCACUUUAUCCUCAGCCACUGUUGUGCCCACCCUGACUUGGUAAAUAUCUUCAUUCUUUUGAAAAAAAAUUAUAGUCUUUGAGGACCAAUUUUGAAGCUGGUUAGACUUCUGGCAAAGUAAUGAGCCACACUGCCAAAUGCAAAGUCCUUAGGGAAGCAUAUUAUCAUGCUCUGCCAUAUAUAUAUAUAAUGACAAGGUUUCUCUGUGCACUUCUGGCUGUCCUCGCUCUAUACAUCAGGCUGACAUCAGAGUUAGAGGUAUUUGGCCACUGUCCAGCUUAUUUAUCUAUUAUUAAAUUAAUUUUAUGUGUAUGGAUGUUUUGCCUUCAUAUAUGUCUGUCUACCAUGUGCAUAGUGGCUCAUGUAGGUGGGGGGUGGUGGUGGUGGUAUAUGUCUUUGAUCCUGGAACUUGGAUGGUAAAGGCAGGUGGAUUUCUGUGAGUUUGAGGCCAGCAUGGUAUACAGAGUGAGUUCUAGGACAGCCAGGGCUAUGUGUGUCUCAAAAUAAAGGAAAAGAAGUAGAACCUCAUGCUGGCCUCAACUUUUUACUUUGUAUUGCCAGAGAUGGCCUUGAACUUCAGUCCUCCUGACUCCACUUCCCCAUGUGGGGUUCAGAGACAUACUCCACUAUACAGUGCUUAUGGUCAAAUCCUGUGAACAUAAUUAUGGAGUCUGGGCAAGCACUAUGAACUAAACUCCAUCCCCAGAGCAGUUUUUUGUAUGUGUUCUUGUUUGAUUUUUUUUUCUUUUUUCUUUUUUUUUUUCGAAGCUGGAGACUGAACCCAGUGCCUUGCGCUUGCUAGGCAGGCGCUCUACCACUGAGCUAAAUCCCCAACCCCUUGUUUGAUUUUUUUUUUUUUUUUUUUUUUUGUUGCAUUGUAUAACCCACAUCAGCCUGGAGCUUCCCGUGGAGACCAGGCUGGACUUGAACGUGUAGCAGGCCUACCUCUGCAUGUGAGUGCGGGUUUCAGCAGGGCCCACCACUCGUCUGGUUUUCCUAUGGACCUUGGCAGUCCUGCUACUCAAUCUCACAGCACACAGAGAUCCACCUCCCUCUGCCUACCUAGGGCCGGGUUUAAAGGUUUGACCACCACAACCAGCUUAGUAAUGUACUUUAUUUAUUUGAUUUUUGAUUUUUUGAAACAGGGUUUCUCUGUGUAGUCCUGGCUGUCCUCCAACUCACUUUAUAGACCAGGCUGGCAUCAAACUCAGAUGCCUCUGCCUUAAAAGUGUUAGAAUUAAAUGUAUAAACACCAUGCCUAGCAGUGAUUGUUUUAAUGAGCUCUCCAGAGGAUUAUUCAAGUCAUGGCUUGAAUGAAACAAAUUUCUUCUUCCCCACUUACCCAACUGCAACCCCCCCCCAGCAAAGUUUUCUCCCAACGUCCUGCGACUUUGAUGCCCACUCUCCACAUAGCCACUGCUUUCAGAUCUAAUUUCAUUCCCAGCCCUCCAAGUCCUCAAAAGCCUUAAGAGACAGAAGAGGAAUAAAAUCCAGGCAUAUUAGUUUGGAAGUGGCAUUGCAGUCUUCACACAAGUGAGGAACAGCAGAACUGCACUCUUAACUGUGGAGUCAGCUCAGUUCUUGGCACAGUGCCCAAGUGCUUUCUCCCUUGACUCCAUUCUAGGAGAUAAAAUCAGUUGAUAUUUGAGAGGUCUUCCCUGUUCUAGAGUCUUCAGGAUUACCUAUAGGAAGGAGAUGGGUGCCCUGCUUACACUGUAUCUACAUCCAAGCCAGGCGUUAUGAAGCAGCCUGUAAGGAGUUUACCAUGUGUAGGACCUGGAGGGAACUUGGCUCGGUUCCUUGAGUGGACGUUGAGCAAAUGCCUAGCGCUAUUUUCUAAGAUUAUCCUGUUCCCUCUCUUGGUUGAGAUCCAGAUGCCUAGUCUGGUUUGCAUUUCCAGGCGAGGAGGCUCAGGCUGUGGGAUGCAUCUAGCUGCAUCCUAGCUUCCUUGCUCUCAGGUCGGCACCGAGUCCCCCUGGCCAGCAGAGGGCGUACGGUACUGCUACCGGUUGCUGAGCCCUCGAAGGUACUGUCGCGGUCUAGGGCCGCGGGGACUGGUGGGAUCGCGAUGGCGGCUGCCAGGCGGCUCAUGGCGCUGGCUGCCGGCGUCUCUCCGCGCCUCCGGCCGCCGGAUCCCCGCGCUGCCGGGCGACAAGGAUGCUCGCGCGGCUUCUCAUCAAGCUUUGUCCGCCCCGAUGGCACUCAGGAAGCUGCCGAGGUCGAAUCAGAGGUGGCCCCUAGCGAACCUGGGGAGGGUGACGGAAGCAUGGUGAACGCUUCUAGGGACCUAUUAAAAGAGUUUCCACAGCCUAAAAACCUUCUCAACAGCGUGAUUGGAAGAGCUCUUGGCAUCUCACAUGCAAAAGACAAGCUAGUCUAUGUGCACACGAAUGGACCGAAGAAAAAGAAAGUCACACUGCACAUAAAGUGGCCCAAGAGCGUGGAGGUGGAAGGCUAUGGCAGCAAGAAGAUCGAUGCCGAGCGGCAGGCGGCGGCGGCAGCCUGCCAACUCUUCAAGGGCUGGGGUCUCCUGGGUCCACGGAAUGAGCUGUUUGAUGCAGCCAAAUAUCGAGUGCUAGCUGAUCGUUUUGGAUCUCCAGCUGACAGCUGGUGGCGCCCAGAACCCACCAUGCCUCCAACUUCCUGGCGGCAGCUGAAUCCUGAGAACAUACGGCCAGCGGGUACUGGAGGACUGUCCCGAUCCUUAGGCCGAGAGGAAGAGGAGGAUGAGGAGGAAGAGCUAGAAGAGGGGACCAUUGAUGUGACGGAGUUUUUGUCCAUGACCCAGCAAGACUCCCACAACCCACUCAGGGACUCAAGGGGGGGCUCCUUUGAAAUGACAGAUGAUGACAGUGCUAUUAGAGCUCUGACCCAGUUUCCACUUCCCAAGAACCUUCUGGCCAAAGUGAUUCAGAUUGCAACAUCUUCCUCCACAGCUAAGAACCUCAUGCAGUUCCAUACUGUGGGUACCAAGACCAAGCUGGCUACACUCACUCUGCUCUGGCCCUGUCCCAUGACCUUUGUCGCCAAAGGGCGCCGCAAAGCUGAGGCUGAGAAUAAGGCAGCAGCCUUGGCUUGCAAGAAACUGAAGAGCCUGGGCCUUGUGGACAGAAACAAUGAGCCACUUACCCAUGCCAUGUACAACCUGGCUUCCCUGCGUGAGUUGGGUGAGACCCAGCGCCGGCCAUGUACCAUCCAGGUGCCUGAGCCCAUCCUUCGCAAGAUAGAGGCCUUCCUGAGUCAUUACCCGGUGGACAGUUCAUGGAUUUCCCCAGAACUCCGGCUGCAGAGUGAUGACAUCUUGCCCUUAGGCAAGGACUCAGGGCCCUUGAGUGACCCUAUCACAGGCAAGCCAUACAUGCCCCUGUCAGAAGCAGAGGAGGUGCGCCUGAGCCAGAGCCUGCUAGAGCUGUGGCGGAGGAGAGGGCCAAUCUGGCAGGAGGCCCCCCAGCUACCUGUGGACCCUCAUCGGGACACUAUCCUCAGUGCCAUUGAACAACACCCAGUGGUAGUCAUCUCUGGGGACACAGGCUGUGGGAAGACCACGCGUAUCCCUCAGCUGCUAUUGGAGCGCUAUGUGACUGAGGGUCGAGGUGCCCGCUGCAAUGUGAUCAUCACACAACCUCGCCGAAUCUCAGCUGUGUCUGUGGCCCAGCGGGUCAGCCAUGAACUGGGACCCUCCUUGCGCCGGAAUGUGGGCUUCCAGGUACGCUUGGAAAGCAAGCCUCCAGCCCGAGGUGGGGCGCUGCUCUUCUGCACUGUGGGUAUCCUGCUUCGAAAGCUGCAGAGCAACCCCAGCCUGGAGGGUGUGAGCCACGUCAUUGUGGAUGAGGUCCAUGAGCGGGAUGUGAACACAGACUUCCUGCUGAUUCUGCUCAAGGGCCUGCAGCGGCUCAACCCAGCCCUUCGGCUGGUGCUCAUGAGUGCUACAGGAGAUAAUGAGCGCUUUUCCCGGUACUUUGGGGGCUGCCCUGUCAUCAAGGUACCUGGCUUCAUGUAUCCUGUCAAGGAACACUACCUAGAGGACAUCUUGGCCAAGCUGGGUAAACACCAGUACCCACACCGGCACCGGCACCAUGAGUCUGAAGAUGAGUGUGCACUUGAUUUGGACCUUGUGACUGAUCUGGUUCUGCACAUCGAUGCCCGUGGGGAACCAGGUGGGAUCCUGUGCUUUCUGCCUGGUUGGCAAGAAAUCAAAGGAGUGCAACAGCGGCUGCAGGAAGCCCUGGGCAUGCAUGAGAGCAAGUACCUUAUCCUACCAGUGCACUCCAAUAUCCCCAUGAUGGACCAGAAGGCCAUAUUCCAACAGCCUCCACUUGGGGUGCGCAAGAUUGUAUUGGCCACCAACAUUGCUGAAACCUCCAUCACAGUUAACGACAUCGUGCAUGUCGUGGACAGCGGUCUGCACAAAGAAGAACGCUAUGACCUGAAGACCAAGGUGUCCUGCCUGGAGACCGUGUGGGUGUCGAGAGCAAAUGUGAUUCAGCGCCGGGGCAGGGCAGGCCGCUGCCAGUCAGGUUUUGCCUACCACUUGUUCCCGAGGAGCCGGCUGGAGAAAAUGGUUCCUUUCCAAGUGCCAGAGAUCCUGCGCACACCUCUUGAGAACCUGGUGCUGCAAGCCAAAAUCCACAUGCCUGAGAAGACGGCAGUGGAGUUCCUCUCUAAGGCUGUGGACAGUCCAAAUAUCAAGGCAGUGGAUGAGGCCGUGAUACUGCUCCAGGAGAUUGGGGUGCUGGACCAGCGGGAGUACCUGACUACCUUGGGGCAGCGCCUGGCCCACAUCUCUACUGAUCCCCGACUGGCCAAGGCCAUAGUGUUGGCUGCCAUCUUCCGUUGCCUGCACCCACUGCUGGUGGUUGUUUCCUGCCUUACCCGGGACCCCUUCAGCAGCAGUUUGCAGAACCGGGCAGAGGUAGACAAGGUGAAGGCAUUGCUGAGCCAUGACAGUGGCAGUGACCAUUUGGCCUUCGUGCGGGCUGUGGCUGGCUGGGAGGAGGUACUGCGCUGGCAGGACCGUACCUCCAGGGAAAACUACCUGGAAGAAAACCUUCUGUAUGCCCCCAGCUUGCGCUUCAUCCACGGGCUCAUCAAGCAGUUCUCAGAGAAUAUUUACGAGGCCUUCCUAGUGGGAAAGCCCUCUGACUGCACACUGCCCUCUGCUCAGUGCAAUGAGUACAGCGAGGAAGAGGAGCUGGUGAAGGGUGUGCUGAUGGCUGGCCUCUACCCCAACCUCAUCCAGGUGAGGCAAGGUAAGGUUACUCGGCAAGGCAAGUUCAAACCCAACAGUGUCACUUACAGGACCAAAUCUGGCAACAUCUUGCUGCACAAGUCAACCAUUAACAGGGAGGCCACCCGGUUACGGAGCCGAUGGCUGACAUAUUUCAUGGCCGUCAAGUCCAAUGGUAGCGUCUUUGUUCGAGAUUCUUCCCAGGUGCACCCACUAGCUGUGUUGCUCCUAACAGAUGGGGACGUGCACAUUCGAGAUGACGGACGUCGGGCCACCAUUUCACUGAGUGACAGUGACCUGCUGCGGCUGGAAGGUGAUUCACGAACUGUGCGGUUGCUAAGGGAGCUUCGGCGGGCCCUAGGAAGGAUGGUGGAGCGGAGCCUCCGCAGCGAGCUGGCUGCACUUCCUCUUAGUGUGCAGCAAGAACACGGGCAGCUGCUUGCACUGCUGGCAGAGCUACUGCGGGGACCUUGUGGCAGCUUUGACGUGCGCAAGACAGCUGAUGACUGAGCCCCUCUUCCGCUGGGGCUAUGUACAGAGUGCAAAUGUUUAUUUAAAAUAAAGUUAUAUUUAUCCCUUGUGA